AUGCGGACGCCGGUGGUGAUGACCCUGGGCAUGGUGCUCGCGCCCUGCGCGCUGCUGCUCAACCUGACCGGCACUUUUACGCCCGGCUGGCGGCAGGUAACGGGCUUCCUCGACCAGCCGGUGGACGUGGUGCUGUACCAGGGUCUGUGGGACAUCUGUCGCGAACAGAGCAGCCGCGAGCGCCAGUGCGGCCAGCCGGACACCUGGAACUACUUCGCGGCCGAGCCCGUGCAGGUGGCGCGGGGGCUCAUGGUCACGUCGCUGGCCGUCACGGCCCUGGGACUGCUGCUGGCCGCUCUCGGCGUGCGCUGUUGGCACGACGAGCCCCACUUCGUGCUGGCCGGCCUCUCGGGCUUGGUGCUCUUCGCCGCGGGCCUCUUCAGCCUCAUCCCGGUGUCCUGGUACAACCACUUCUUGGACGAUCGCGUCGUGCUGCCCGCCCCGCGCCCGCCGGUCAAGGUGCAGGUGAGCUACAGCCUGGUGCUGGGCUACCUGGGCAGCUGCCUGCUGCUGCUGGGCGGCUUCUCGCUGGCGCUCAGCCUGGCGCCCUGGUGCGAGGAGCGGUGCCACCGCUGCCGCAAGGCGCCCACCGCGCGCCCUCGCCGCAGCAGCAUCAGCACCGUGCACGUCGAUUGGCCCGAGCCCGCGCUCACGCCGGCCAUCAAGUACUACAGCGACGGCCAGCACCGGCCGCGGCCCGCCGAGCAGCGAGCGGCUGGCAAGCCCAAGGUGGGCUUCCCCAUGCCGCGGCCGCCCCCCAAGGCCUACACCAACCCCGCCGACGUCCUGGCCGGGGAGAAGGGCGCCGAUUCCCACGGCCCUUCCUCGCGCAGCACCCAGCCCUGCCUCAGCUCGCUGCCCUGCGACUCGGACCUAUAGGCGCCCACCGCCCCGCGGCCUCGCAGCCAGCUCGGGCCUGGCUCGGUCUGAACGAAGG